GCUCAGCUGCGCAGACCACCAUCGAUCUGAGUCGAGAUAGGACGACGUUAGUAGGCCUCACGGGGAAGGUGCAUCAGCUGUCGUGCAACAUCAAGCACGACGUUCCCAUCUCUGUUUCUUGCUACUUCAAUCCUGACCACAGGUGUGGAGGUGGAUGGGCUGAUGGGGAAAGAAGCGCAUUUUCGAGAGAGGAAAUUACACGGUACCAACGUCUCCCUGCCAAAACGGAAGGAUAUUCUG